AUGACAGAAUUAGAUAAAUAUACAGUUGUUAAAGUAAUUGUAAUGGGAUCCGCAAGAUGUGGACAUGAUAAAGAUGGUAAAAGAAAGAGAUGGGAGCAUGAACAAAGUAAUGGAUCAAAAGCAAUCAUAUUUGCCUUUGAUUUGGCAGAUAGAGAGAGUUUUAAAAGACUUGAUUAUUGGAUGGAAGAUAUCAAAAACCAAAUCAAUCUAAACCUUGUUGAAGAUCCUAUUCUCAUAUUGGUAGGAACAAAAUGUGAUUUGAAGUUCAAAAGACAAGUAACUCAAGAUGAAGCAGCUGAAUGGGCAAAAACAAACAAUAUAUCAAGUUAUCAUGAAACAAGUGCAAAGGAAAAUAUCUGUAUUGAAGAUCCAUUCAACUCUAUUUUAGAUCAACUUUAUUUAAAGAAAUCAAAAUCAAAUCCAGUUACAUUAAUAAAAGAAAAUAAUCCUAGUAUUUGGAGUUGUUGUUAA